AUGGGGGAGGGCGCCGAAGCAGCGGAUGCGACCGCUGAUGUUGCUGAGGUGGAGGCCACUGGCGAUGACACGGAGCUCCCCUUUGCUGGAGAGGAGACCAUCGCAGACCCUCGGACAACCUUUAUCAGCUAUUUGAUGAGCCCGGUGAUCAGGCUUGUCGUUGGCCCUUCGGACUCCUUAUCCAGCUUGACAGCUCAUCAGGCGCUCCUGACACAGAGCCCUUACUUCGCCGAGGUGUGCAAGAGCUUUGUGGACGAUGGCAGCCCCCGUCAAAUCGAGCUUCCGGACGAGCACAUUGAGGCUGUCGGCAGCUUCCUCGAAUUCCUAUACACGGGCGAAUACUUCCCCAAGAAGGUACCCGGCACGCGCAACCUCGAGACCGAUCCUGCUGCCCCGAGCGUCGAUGACACGGGCGACCAGCUGCUCAAGCACGCCCGCAUCUACACACUCGCCGAGAAGUAUAGUGUGAACGGCCUCAAGACGCUCGCGAGCUCCAAGAUCCACUGCGUCAACUCGACUGCCAGGGGCGAGAUUGCCUAUGCUCGCUACGUGUACCAGUACACCCCCAAGGACGACACGACGGUGCGCGCGCCGAUUGCGAGUUUCUGGGCGACAAGGUCGCACACUCUGCGGUCCGAGGCCGAGGCCGAGUUCAAGGCAUUGUGCUUGGAGUUCCCCGAGUUCGGUUACGAUGUUCUCACGCGCGUGCUCGACGACAAGCUCAAGCGGGAGCGCAGCGACAAGAUGCACCCUUCGACCGGCAGCGGUCGCAAGCGCCCCCGUCACAGUACCGGCGCGUGA